ACCUGACCAUCUCGUCAUUAUAUACAUAUCUCUGGCAUAACUUUAGUAUGACAUAGUUCUUUCUGUUGGUUGGUCUGGUCAAUAUUUGUCAAAGGUGACUACCUCAUGAAGCUGGUUGAGAGAAUACCAAGAGUGUGCAAAGCUGUCAUCAAGGCAAAGGGUGGCAUCAGAUGACCUGGUCUCUACAAUCCCCUGGCCUCAACCAAAUUGAAAUGGUUUGGGAUGAGUUGGACUGCAGAGUGAAGGAAAAGCAGCCAACAAGUGCUCAGCAUAUGUAGGAACUCCUUCAAGACUGUUGGAAAAGUAUUCCAGGUUUGGAAUCUAUUCACUAAUUCCAGGCAGAGAGGAGAAGAGUGAAUGAUGCCAAUGUCUGGAGAAUUGUCCCUGUUCCUGACCUUGAGUGGGGCGUUGGGGAUAGCGGCGGCCAUGCUGUUUAAUCUGAUUAGGGAGACUGUCUCUGCGGACCCAUGGAAGAUUAACCACAGCUCUAUAAAACUGGUGAGGUGCCUGGGCGAAGGUUCCUUUGGAGUGGUCUAUGAAGGGCUCUAUAACAACACUUCAGUUGCAGUGAAGACCCUUAGAACUGGCACCAUGGACCCUCGGGACUUCCUAAAAGAGGCCCAGAUCAUGAAGACUAUGGAGCAUCCUAACCUCAUCCAGCUCUUGGCUGUCUGCACUGAAGAACCCAUCUACAUCAUCACUGAGCUAAUGAAGAACGGCAGUCUGCUGGAUUACCUGAAGGUCAGGGUUGGAAGGCUACGUUUAAAUGACCAGAUUGAGAUGGCAGCCCAAGUGGCUUCUGGGAUGGCUUAUCUGGAGAUGAAGAAAUACAUCCACAGGGACCUGGCAGCCAGGAAUGUGCUGGUUGGCGAGAACAACGUCUACAAGGUGGCUGACUUUGGCCUUGCCAGGGUCUUACAAGCCCCACAAAUGCCUUGGAAUCAGACCAACCUGUAUUAUAUACCUGUAGGGAAAGCGAUAUUCCCUUUGAGAUGGACGGCUCCUGAGGCCAUCGCCAACGAGAAGUUCACCAUCAAGUGUGACGUGUGGUCCUUCGGAAUCUUGCUAUAUGAGAUCAUGACCUUUGGGCAGAUGCCCUAUUCAAACAUGAACGACUCCCAGGUGAAAUGGUUGGUUCCCAAUGGGUACAGGAUGCCUUACCCUGUUGACCACUACUGUUCCCAAGACAUGUACAAUAUCAUGUUGGACUGCUGGAAGGAGAAUAAAAAUGACAGGCCCACUUUCAACGCUCUGAUAAUGAGUCUGAGGAACGUUAGAGGUUGAAGAUUUAUGUAGUCACUCUUGAGUAUCGAUUAAAUAGCAGUAAUUAAAUGUUAGUCUUGUUUCUCAGCUCUGUCAUCUCUUUUUGAGAGUCUGGAAUGUUCCUUAGUGUUGUGUGUUACUGAAGACUAUCUUAAAGUGCUACCAUGACCACAUUGCUGAUUUUACUGACUGCGCUGGGAAGGGAUAAAAGUUGAUGUAAUCUCUGCUGUCUUCAGACAUUGUGUGUGCUUCCAAAUUAAACCUUUUCUUUCUGCCUUUA